UAGUAACAUAUAUAACAUUGCAAGGCAUACUUAAAUAGCGGAUGGUGCUUACCGAUUGCCGUCCAGUACCUCUUAAGCGUCGCUAGACAGGCCGCGAGAAUUGGAAUCGGAAACACUCUGAACUGAAACUUUACAGCCAAGUGCCGCAAAUAUAUAAGUGAAGUGUGCAAUCUUCGAGCUAAGAAAUGUGGAGUAUAGCGAUAUUAGUUUUUGCUGCUAUAUCGGCGGUUUGUCAGACGCGCCCCCACCUUGCCGAUAGGGAUUCUGGAGAGCAAACACACGCACCUCGAUUGCGCGGUUUCGAACAUCUUCUGGGAGAACCGCUGCCAUCAUUAAAUGAGAAUCCAACAAUCUUCAAGGGCAAUAGGAUCAUCAUGCUUGUUGGAGACGGAACGUGGAAUUGUAGUGAUCCGGGUAUGCUUUUGAAGGUCAUGGGCAAUCUAACAGAAUUACGACGAGUUGUGGAUAAAUGCUUCAUAGCUAGCUCCGAAGAUCUGUCGCCAAGUGAUAUCGAGUCGGGUGAAGACAAUUCUACGUCCGUUAAUCAUCUGAAUCUCGUGGUGGCUAAAAGAGAGACAGCCAACAUUAGCGUCGAAGAGACCGAGUCUUCACAAAACGGUAUCAGGAUGCGUUAUAUAGCUACUUCAUCGUCUUCGGUCUCAACAGGAUCCCCAGCAGGUGAAAAGUGAGCAUGAUCGAGCAAUAAGACAUGAUGAAGACACGCAUCCGUUGAUCUUCCGCUAUAGAAAUGCAUAAUAAUUAAUCUAUUUUACACUGCUAACAUUUUAUAUGCGUAUUGAUUCUUCAUCUUAGAUGAGCUAGCGCAGGAUGGUCGCCCUGUGCGGCUGACGUGAUUUGAGCCUUGGCCGGGCUGCUGGUUUCAGCAAUCGGUCAAACACUUCUUCGUAAGGCGUAGUCUUUUGCUUAUUUUGAGCACGUUAAGCCCUGACUAAACUAUAUGCCACGCAGCUAUUGAAACUUUCUAAAAGUUAUAUUGGAAAAUUUUUUCGAACUAUACCCAAAAAUUACUUUCUGCUCGAGGAUUCGCUAAAUGUGUCUGUGCAAGGAUUAGGUCUAUGGCUCACCGCAACGGGCCCAGAAUCAUUUGGAAGUUUCGAAAAUUAAUUGGAGACGACAAGUGGCGGGCGGAAAUC